UUACCGAUCAGCAAUAUAUCAAGAUUGAUGAAAAAAGCCUUACCAAGACAAGCAAAAGUAUCAAGUUCAGCAAAAGAUUUAAUUCAAGCAUGUUGUAUUGAAUUUAUUUCAUUUUUGACAUCCGAAGCAAACGAUCGUUGUUUGGCGGAAAAACGUAAAACGAUUAAUGGAGAUGAUAUUUUAUUUUCAAUGAAAUCUCUAGGAUUUGAAGAAUAUGAAGUCGUUUGUAGGAUUUGGUUAAGUCGUUAUCGA